UUUCGAACGAGGCUGGUGAUUCCGAUAUCACAAAGUUUGGAGAUUCGACAGAGUUCGUUUCUCCGCCACUGAAGAAGCAGAAGACAGAUACGGAUCCGGAUUCUGAGGUAAAACCCGAAAAUCGAAUUCUCCGAAGAGGAAACUGGGACGAUCCGGAAUAUGCGAGACAGCGAAUGAUCUUUGAGGAUCAAUUUAAAAACAGCGAGGGUUACGAUGUUGAUUGGAGUAAAUGUUGACUACAACUUCCCUGCCGUGAAUUUCGAUUGGGGAAAUGAUUUUGAUGAUCAAAUGAACAAUAAUGAGUUAAUGAAACUGCUCAUAGAGACUGCCAUUGACGAAGAAAACGAAGAAACCGGAACAAGACUUGAGUUUGUCAAGUAUGUGAGUGCAAAUGUACUUGGCGUCCAAGGUUUUUUGUUUUACAUAACAUUCUGGGCAAAAGAUCUUUCCUCACCAAAUCCACAGCCACAUUGUUACCAAGCAAAAGUGAGGAAGUUUGCGGCUGAGAUCGACGUUAGUGAGUUUAGGCUAAGGCCAACAAAAGAAUGAUCAAUUGUGAGGUGAUAAUCACUUCCAAUUCUGUGCGCUUCCAGUGAGAAGACUCUUUAUUGGAACAUUUUACUUAUGUAGUAACUUUCUGUCAUGUAUUAUGUCCUAAUUAAAUAAUGUAGACUUGUAUGUUAUUGGUCUUUAGAACUAAAUGUAUCUAGAUGCUUGAAAAUCGCAAUCCGGA